AUACACAGAAAAUCUCCUGCUGAAGCGACUGAGGUCCCCGUGACUCACUAAUAAAGAUGGCGUUUAUUAAAGAGGAGAGUGAAGACUUCAGGAUUGAAGAAGUGUUCAGUCUGAAACAAGUUACUGAGGAACAAACAGGACUGCUGGUGCUGAAAGAGGAGAAUAAAGAUCUGAAUGAAAUGGAACAGACAGAUCAGUAUAAAAAAUGCCAUGAUUCCAUAAAUGGUGAAAAAGCCACAACGACUAAAACGACUUCUAUACGAAAAAGAGCUCAGAAAACCAAACGUAACCGCCGUUUCACCUGCCAUCAUUGUGGGAGGAAUUUCGGUGAAAAAGAAAAACUUAAAAUGCACGUGAGAGUUCAUACUGGAGAGAGGCCGUUUCCCUGCCAACAGUGUGGAAAGAGCUUCACUCAACAAGGAGCCCUUAAAAGGCACAUGAGAACUCACACGGGAGAGAAACCUUACACCUGCCAACAGUGUGGAAACGGUUUCACUCAAAAAGGACACCUUAAAAAUCACGUGAGAACUCACUCGGGAGAGAAGCCAUUCACCUGCCAACAGUGUGGAAGUUGUUUCACUCAAAAAGUACACCUUCAAGGUCACAUGAGAACUCACUCAGGAGAGAAGCCUUACACUUGCCAUCAGUGUGGAAAGCGUUUUACACAGAAAGGCACCCUUCAUUCCCACAUGAUUAUUCACACUGGAGAGAAGCCUUACACAUGCGAACAGUGUGGAAAGAGUUUCCCUGCAAAACAAAGCCUUAAAGGACACAUGAGAGUUCACACCGGAGAGAAGCCUUACUCUUGCGAGUAUUGUGGGAAGAGUUUCACACAUAUAUACACCCGUAAUUACCACAUGAGAAUUCACACUGGAAAGCAGCUGUUCACAUGUGAUCGUUGUGGAAAGAGCCUCGCAACAGAAUUUAGCCUUAAGUGUCACAAGAUCAGGCACACUGGAAAGAAACCCUUCAAAUGUGAUCAGUGUGGAAGGCGUUUCAUACGUAAGAUAAGCCUUAAUUACCACAUGAAGACUCAUUCAGCAGAGAAAUGCUGUAAAUGUGCUCAGUGUGGAAAGAGUUUCAGUCAUAAAGCUAGCCUCAAUGCUCACAUGAGUAAGCAACACACUCGAGAGAAGCCUGUGGGAAGAGCAUCUCACAAAUAGAAAAUCUUAAGAUUCACAUGAAAUAUGUGUGGAAUCAUGUGAAGAAACCCACAUGAGAUUUCACUGAGUGGAGAACUAUUUUAUAUGCCAUCAUUGUGCAAAGUGUUUCACAGACAUAGGAAACCUGAAGACUUGCAUAGUUCACACUGGAGAGAGGACUUUCACGUGUUUCUGUGUGUUCCUGAAAUGCCAUUCAAGAUCAUUCUGGAAAUUAAGUGUGACUGUGACAAGGUUCACCGAAAGAGGCAAUUUUAAAAAUCACUGGCAUAUUCACUCUGGAAGAAUUCCCUUGUAAUACAUUUCUUUUGACGUCACACCUAAUAGAUGCACCUAAGAAGUGGCCCUGCAAUUUAAAAUAGCACCAGAAAAUAGGUAGGCUUAUUUGUUUGAAAUUAAGACUAUGUUCACACCACAUCUGAAUGUGUGCUAUAUCUGAUUAUUGUUCACGUUUUUACAUGUGGCUUGAGGCUUUUUUUAAAACAUUUUUUAUACAUGAUCUCCUGUAUCCACACAUAACUGUCUCCUUUUCUAUAGUUUCAAAUAUCGCAGUAGACACUCAAAUUUCAAUUGUACGGAGACAUUGUGCCAUUCCAUAUACAGUUGCGCUCAGAAUUAUUCAUACCCUUGGUAAAUACGAUCAAAGGCAGCCCUGAAAAUAAGUCUGCAUUGUUUAUCCAUUUGAUCUGUCAUUCAAAAAUAAAAUAAAAAAA